AUGAUUAGUGAACGCCACAAGAGCCGCGAUUUGGUUACGAUACUUGGUCUGCUCUGUCUCCUCCUGCACCACGGUGUCGCCUCUGGCCAUGUGAUCGAGGUCUUGGCUCAAUCAACAACCGCAUCGGCGACGUCGACGUCAACGACGAAGACAAAUGCCAGUCAGGAUGAGGUUGCUCCGACGCCCGGUGCGACAACAGCCCCUCGACUAGAUCCCAACAAUAACAACGAGUGGCGUCCCCUUGGUCACGGGGAUCCCCUGCAGAAGGAUCCCACCUAUGACUACAGUCCUCGCCUGGAUCGAGUGCGUUACUGGGCGGAAAACAACAGCACGGGUCAGAGUAAUCCAGAGGCCAGGAAGAAGGAACUGCCGCCGGAGGUGCUACGCAACAAGACCAAGAGUGAGGUGCUGCUAUUAGGUGUGGCCAGCGACCGGGUGAGGGUGCCGCAUUCACAUUCCUAUCCGCCGGUUGGACUGGGACAGAGUCACCACCAGCAAUACAAGCACCAGCACCAGCACCAGCAUCAGGAGCAGCAGCAAGCGAAAUAUGCGGCCAUCAGGAGAAGCUAUUAUGCGCCAACGCAAAAGCAACAUAGUGCACCAAUGUUGCAUCAGGCUCAGCAUAUUCAGCACCAUUCCCCGAUUCCGCAGCAGGCACAACAUAUGCCGCACACCCACUUGAUGCCACCACCCAUGAUGAUGGUGAAAUCAAGCGGCCCCUCUGUGCCCCAUCUGGAGUACAGGCACAGUAUGAUGGCCACAGGAGCACCCACAUCUUACAUGAGCCUUAGUCACACGAUGAGCUCACCUGCGCCCAAACCGGCCAUGACCUCUUCGGUGAUUUAUCACCAGCCCGCAAUGGGUCACUACUCCUCCUCACCAUCCUCAGGAUCGUCGUCAACUCCCUGGCUAAGCAGCAUGUCCAGCAUGCCGCCACAUCGUUUUAGCUACUCAGAUCCACAUCUUCAGGAAUCUAUGCAUGCCUUCAGCUACUCGAGACCCCAUCCAGCGCAACAGGUUUCUUACUCCCCCAACUCUCUGCCUGGACAUCAGAGCGGAUCAAAGGCAGGUCUGCGAAAGCCUUGGCUACAUGAACUGCUCCAAAAAGAGGUGGUGAUGAACAAGCCAAAGGUUAAGCCCACGAUGCCUGCUACCAAGUACCUGAUGGGCACAACUAAACCUCAUCAUCCUCUGCCGCCGGCUGGCUUUGGAAUCAGCUCCACCCGGCCUCCAUUUACCUAUGCUCCCGUGACUUUUGUGCCUGGACCGCCCACCAUUGCAGUGCCCACAGUGGCCACCAGACAGGAGGCACAGCAGGAGAUCUACAUCACACCCACGCCGCAGACAAGUAGCUCUGGCUUCAGACCCAUGCUGGUGACCAGCUCGACAACUACGUCCACUACAUCGACUCCCUUGCCCAUCUAUCAGCGAACCAGCCCCACCAGUCCCAGCACAACGAGCAACCGAUUGCUGAUUCCCCAGACAAGUAAUCUGGCCCAGCGACCCACAGUGGCUCCAGCGCCAAGUGAACCCACCACCGAUUCGCUUUUCUCCCAUUAUAAACAGCCACCGAAGCCCCUGCUGGGGCCCAUGUAUCUCAUCAUCGAGGGUCACUCCAAGGUGAAAACCUAUGGCCAAAACGAAUUGGAUCCACAUAGUCCAAAGAUAGUGCCGGUUAUCUCCAAGCGGGAGCCUGUGGUUAGAAUAGCCGAUCCCAACGAGAAGAGGGGAACAGUUGAGUCCUACCAAGUCAAGCACUUGCACACCAAAACCACACCCAUGACAACGACAACAACAACCACACGAAAACCUACAACCAAAAAGCCUAAACCAACGGAUGCUCCCUUAGCUCCUGUUUUUACCCCUACCAAGGCUCCCGAAUCUACAAAGGCUCCUACGACAACUUCUACUAAAGCUCCAGUUAGCAGUACUACUUCCAAACCCACUGCAGCAUCGACCUCAAGAGCUCCUGUCAGUAGUGCGGCUCCCUUGAUUAAAUCAGAACCCAAGCCAGAACCUGCCAGUGAAGUCAGUGAUCUGUUGAGCUUGCUGGACAAUAUGUUUGCCGAUGCUCAUGAAAUCGCUGCUUCCACUGAUUCAUCUCUACAAGUACAUCCCACCACGAGCACCGUCCUCAAGCCAGUUAGUACCAAGUUGAUGCCCCACCAACCGGAACCAAGGAUUGGCAGCAAGGCGGGGAGCAUAGAGAGUCUGCUCGAAGACGCCCCAGCGGAUGAUGGAGCUGGCAAAGAUCCAGGGUCACAGAUUUCCACUGAGACACCACCGCGAGCAACGCGUCAGGUCUUUGACUAUGAUCAAUUACCAGAGUCACGGAUCAAAGACGGGGUCACCGCCAGCGAUGUUAUGGAGUACAAUGAUGACGAGGAGCUGGGCUACGAAGAGGAGAAUGAUGAGACGGCCACCGAUGGUCAGUUGGAAGAUGAGGAAGACCAGGAGGAGGAGGCGGAGGCGGAGGGAGAUCCCGAGCACAACUUACUCAAACGCAUCGAUCAGUUUGUGGACGAUGUGGAUGACGGCGAUGAUGAUCUUGAGGAUCUGAUCGAGGGCCUGGACGACAGCGAGGGAAUCGAAGAACGGCGACAGCAGCAUUAG